GAAAGUUUAGUGGCCAAUCAUGUAAUAUCCCAUUUCCAACAGCGUUCACACUUCACAGCUCUAGCUGGAGAACGACAACGAGAUUUCUUCUCCAAAAUUUGGAACUUUACCAUUUUUCCCGAUCCGCCAGUGAUUGCAUUUGCAAGCAAUCUUCGAUCCCUAACCGCCAGCUUCACCCGUUCUUCCAGCCUUAUCGUCCGACGCCCUAAUCCUCUCACAGCCUGCCGACGAACUAGCAUUGCCAUCCGGGAAAGCUUGCAUCUUUAUGGUCGUUAAGCGAGAAAGAAUUCACUGCAGCUUGCGUUUGAAGGUUUGGGUUUCCUUAUUCUGCAAAUUCGAUUCCCGAGUCAUGGAGGAAUUAGACGAUGGCUACUCAGUGAACAGUCCAAGGAGAGUCCUGAGCUUCUCAAAGACGAAGAACCGGAAGAGGACAACAACAACAAGGGGAGGAUCGUCUGAUUUCCUCCAUCACCACACUUCCAGGAGCAGCAGCCGCCACACUUCAUCAGUCUCCGGUCCAAAACCUUCAGAAGUUUACGGCUUUGUAGGCUCCAUCACCACCAUUGUUGCUACAGUCAUCUUCCUGGCGUGGGCUUAUGUCCCUGAACCCUGGCUCCACUCCAUUGGGAUCUCUUACUACCCCAACAGGUACUGGGCACUAGCUGUGCCAACUUACUGUAUGGUGGCAAUUGUGUUGGGAUUGGCUUUCUACAUCGGUCUCAACUUCAUCUCGACGCCUUCCACAACUUCGAUGACCAUGGUGUUUGAUGAGUUCACCAGGGAAGCUGCCGAAGAUGUCAAGUUGGCAGCACCAGGGGAUCAGCAGCAGCAGGAGGCAAUCAAGCCGAUUUCUGAUAUUCCGGUCUACAAAAUAAACGAUCUCAUGUUUGGAGACUCUAAAGUCUAAAGGGUAGUGGAUAGAUUGUGUAAGUACACUAGAUAUGGUGAUUUUGAGCAAGUGAAUUGUGCAGUUUCACAAGAUUGAGAAUUCUUCAUUGCGACUCAAAUCAUAGAUUGAAGAAUAGUGAGAAAACUUUUGAGUCUUAUUUAUCCUGAUGCUAAUUGAUAGGCCAAAAUCCUAAAUGCGAUAAUAGCUAGUUCAGAUAGCACAACUAUAAUCCCAAAAAUAAACCAGCAAAGCAAGCUCUUGAUUCAAUUAUCUAUCGAAGUAAUGAGAAUGAGGGCCACUGGUGAAGGAGGAAGCUGCUAGCCUGCUACUGAUGUUGCUCGUAUAUCUGCAGAUAUGCCUCAGAGAGUGCAACCAUCUGAGGGAGCGUCUCGGAGAUGUGUAGAUCCUGCAACUCGUACCUGGAAAGAAAGAAAUUCCAUAUCAGAGACUUAGACUUGAGCUUAGUACUUAGUAGCAUAGUAGUGAAAGAGAGACUCUAUAGGAUCAGGAUAAUGUUAUUACCAUAGCUCAUCGGACUUCCGGUGGACAAAGACUCUGUAGGAACCCU